AUGCCGCUUUCGUCCCACCAGCAGAGCAUGCAGACUAACCAGGUGGCAUUCUGCUUUAGCGGCACCAAGAUCUUCCUGACCACCUCUGAGGGCCGGAUUCGCAUCUUGUCGUAUCCUGAUUUUCGGCCGCUGUUGACGCAGCCCCAGGGGGGUCAGGACCACGAGUUCAUGCUCAGCGGGCAUACCUCGUCGUGCUUGACGGUUGAGAUGCAGCCCACUGCUCGUUAUCUGGCCACGGGCGGUUCGGAUUCCAUCAUAGCCUUGUGGGAUACGAGCGAUUGGGUGUGCCAGAGGACGUUGACGAGGAUGACUGGUCCGGUGAGGAGUAUCAGCUUCACGUUUGAUGGGAGUUAUAUAGUCGGCGGUAGCGACGAAGGAAACGGCUUGGAGGUAUCGCACGUAGAGACAGGCGAACAUGUCCACACAUUCAAGACGGCAGGCUCGUCGCCUGUCGUCGCAUGGGCUCCAACCCGCUAUUGCCUGGCGUACAGCGACCUGGGUAUCCUGCGGAUUGUCGGUGUGGACGUUGACAGGAAGUAA